AAGAAAUACAAACUCUUCUAGUUAUACUUGAAAUGAUUCUUAAAGUAGUCCUAUGUAACUCACCACAUCUCUUGACAAAAAUCUCCUUUUAGCCUGCUGUUUUAAUCUUAUUUGAUCUGCUUCUGUCUCUGCUCUGCAAUUUUGAGCUUUGAGGAAGAGUAUCCAUUCCUGAAAGUACCUAGAGCAGACAGCUGCUUUUACAUUCUAGCUGUCCCUUUUUUGCUAUGUGUUAGUGGGAAAAAGUCUAACUUAUUUCAAAGCUUUCUUCAUUAAUGAUUUCUAGACAAAGCAACAUUUUUUCUCUUUUUUUUCAGGAAACACGUACAUUUGUGUUGUGGUUUCUGUGGGAAUUGUGGGAAAGAAGCUACAUGUGGAAGUAGCUGUUCUUGCUUACACCUCUUGCCAAGGAAAGGAGGACACCAGCUGGUCAAAGAAGCCCAGACACCUGAGUCCCAUACCAGCUUCCUUUGUGCACCUGCAUUUGAAAACCAAUCUCAGAUUCAGACCUCAAAUUGUCAUCCAGAAGGUAUUAUUUAUUACUGAUGGCUUAUUUUUCAAGCAGAGAUGAAAUUCAAGUUUCUUCUAAUUUCAGGAUAAAUGUAUUAUUAUGCAUCUAAUUCAGUUACUGGACACUCUUGCUUCUGUUUUCUAAGAAAUAAGUCACCUUUGGCCAGAAAUGGAAAACUUCAGUAUGGAAGAUAACAGCAUAACAACAACAAAAAUGUCUGUGUGACUGUCACUGCCAUGACUUUGACAGCAAAAGUUGUGACUUUUAGGGUUUUUCCAUAACUGUUGGAGAAAACUUUGUGAUUGAAUGAAGCCAGAGAAAAACUUGCAGGUCAGUAAAAAAUCAGAAUGUCUUUCCUAUGGAAAACUCUGGUGUCAUGAAAUAUGUUUUUCAACUAAAAUGAGGGUUGAAACUAAAAAGGUUGUAUUUUGUUUACUAUUUUGUUACUUAAAUUUUAUCAGACAACAAUAAUUUUAAGUCAGUUUACAGUAUUGGUGGUGCAGCAAAAUGUUGGUCUGAGGUCCCUGUUCCAGGACAGGUCCAUUUCCAUUCCUGUUCAAACAGCCUUUCCAGAGGGUACACUAGAAGAGGUAACUAAGAGCCAGUACUCCUGUGUCCCCAGAGCACUAUGAAUUCCUCUUCCCUUGCCUUCUAGUCCUUUGACACUUGCUAUUCUUCCCCUGCCAUUUUGUGUCUCCAACAGAGAUAGCACUCCUUGGCUGUGGCUUGGUGCUGACAACCCUGUGCUUGGGAGGCAGGAGCUUCAAAGGCCAUGAAGACUACAAGACAUGGCUAAAAAUCCUUUUCUGUACCUGAGGAAAUGAAUGUCUUCGCCUGAGGAAUGAGAUUAGACGUGGAUCUUGACUAAGUUGUUCUUUCCAUGGAAAGGACUCUAGGUGGAUUUGAACUUGAAGCAUAUAAAGUAAUGGAAAGAACUGAAGUUCACUUGCAAACAUAUCUGUAAUCAGCAGAUCAAAGAGACCAAGUCAACAGGUGGAUCUAAUCUGUGGGCAGAAAGAGUUUUAAGAUUCUCCUGAGAAGCUGUGACCACUGUCAUAUCCUAGAUGAAAGGGCCAUGGUUUGAACAUGAGUACCCAGCCACAUACUGUGACCAAGACAGAGAUCCCUGCUCAUGUUCUUUACACUGUAGGAACUUGUGUUCUCAUUAUUGGCUCCAUUGGCAUCAUCGGAAACCUCCUAGUUCUCUACGCAUUUUACAGCAACAAGAAGCUGAGGACACCCCAAAACUACUUUAUAAUGAAUUUAGCUGUGAGUGACUUCCUGAUGUCGGCUUCUCAGGCACCCAUGUGCUUUGUCAACAGCCUGCACAGAAAAUGGAUACUUGGAGAUAUAGGCUGUGACUUGUAUGCUUUCUGUGGCGCACUCUUCGGAAUAACCUCAAUGAUGACUUUGUUGGCUAUUUCUAUUGACCGCUACCUUGUGAUCACUAAGCCCCUGCAAUCCAUACAGUGGACUUCAAAGAAACGCACCAUACAGGUCAUCGCCGUCGUGUGGCUCUACUCGCUAGGAUGGAGCCUGGCUCCACUCUUCGGGUGGAGUUCCUAUGUGCCUGAAGGCUUGAUGAUAUCCUGUACAUGGGACUAUGUAACCUACUCCCCUGCAAACAGAAGUUACACCAUGAUUUUAUGUUGCUGUGUGUUUUUUAUACCCCUGAUAAUAAUAUUCCUUUGCUAUUUAUCUAUGUUCCUGGCCAUAAGACGUACUGGCAGAGAUGUUCAAAAGCUGGGGUCCUGCAGUCGGAACUCCCACCUCUCUCAGUCUAUGAAGAAUGAGUGGAAACUGGCAAAAAUUGCUUUCGUGGUCAUCAUUGUGUUUGUCUUGUCCUGGUCUCCAUAUGCUUGUGUCACCUUGAUUGCCUGGGCAGGUCGAGGCAACACCCUAACACCAUAUUCCAAAUCUGUGCCAGCAGUUAUUGCCAAAGCUUCUGCAGUCUACAACCCCAUCAUAUAUGCAAUAAUUCACCCAAGAUACAGAAAAACCAUCCACAAUGCUGUCCCCUGCUUGAGGUUCCUAAUACGAAUAUCAAAGAAUGACCUCCUGAGAGGGUCCAUAAAUGAGUCAUCAUUCAGGACCUCUCUCUCCAGCCACCAAUCUCUUGCUGGCAGGACCAAGAGCACUUGUGUUUCAUCUAUUUCUACUGGAGAAGCUACUUGGAGCGAUGUAGAGCUUGACGCUGUGGAGCCUGGUCAUGAGAAACUGAAGCCCCGCCGAAGUCAUUCCUUCUCAACAAGUCUGAGACAAGAGAAGAGAGACCUGCUCCCAAAGAGCUGCAGCUGCAAUGCAGCAACUGCCGAAAAGGUUUUGCUCUCCUCUAGCUGUUUGGAGAAGGUGCUUGGGCAGCCAGGUCUACACAGCCCUCCUGCAGCACUUGUGACCAGCUCCCUGCGAGCAGCUUCUCUGCCUGUUGGUUUGAAUAGCAGCAGUGUCACUAGAGGAGACUCAAGUACUUCACAGAUGGCAACUCAAGAAAGUCAAGCUAAUGGAGUCCUGGACUCUGUCAUUAGCAAUGCAGUCCCUCGCAUCGUCAUCAUUCCUACCUCAGAGAGCAAUCUAUUUCGGGAAGAAGAGGAAGAGACUGAAUUAUUCCACUUUAAUGACAAAAAGGGCAAUCUGCUGGACUUGGAAGGACUUAGUUCAUCCAUGGAGUUCCUUGAAGCUGUUGAGAAAUUUCUAUCAUAAAUUUGUCAAAAGAAAACUUUCCGGCAAUUAUUUUCUUGGCAUCUUCUCCACUUAAUUAUACCAAAUAACUGAAGCUUUGUAGGUUAGGUCAUCAGAUUUUUUUGUAUGCUUAUAUGGUAGUCACUAGGCAGCCUUCAGAUUUAUCUUUGUCCAAACCAGCUCAGGCAUGGAAACAGGCUUUCUUUCACAUUGUGCUGCAGGAAAUGAGCAGUGGAAGAUCUGGCAGUGUAAUCGAGUGGCAUCAGUCAGAUAGGCUGCCUGCUUCAUGAGGCUCUGAUUUGUUGCCACUGAUGAAGGUGCCAGCAGAAGAGAAAAUGACCAAGAGCAGGGUCAGCUGCUGAAUGUUUCUGCUAUCUGCACAUGAAACAGCAUUCCUAUUUUGGCAGCUGUCUUCUGGACAGUGAUGGGAAGCAUCACAAGACCACAGCUUUCACUAGCCCCAGCAGUAAGGCAGGUGGCUAGGUGACCUGAACUAUAUUUUAAUUAAAUAAUUUUCAGCAUUUUUUUGGCCAUGUUUCAUUUUUUAAAUAGGUAGUUUGCUAAACAUAAAGAGAUAAACUGAUGAUGUAAGUGGGAAGUGACUGCUUCCCAACAUCUGAACUUUUGAAGUUUAGUGCUAGAAGUUUGGAUUUUACCUCAACAUUAGCAUGGUCACCUAAAUGUCAAAAUGCAAGGUACUACGUGCUAAAACAUACACUACCAUAGAAACAUUUAGAGCACCUUUAGAGCUACAGUCUUAAUUAAAUACAUAUGGAUCCUAAUGAGUCUGUGAUUGAAAGGGUGAAUGUUCACAGCUGGCUUGACAUGUCAUUGACAAUAACAAAGCCUUGGCUGCUGUAUGUCACUUAUCUAUUGAGGACAUUCUUCUCAUCUCCUCUAAAAUUACCCAGCAAAUGUCUUCUACAGGUCACUUACCAGAGGCCUUCUGAGUGGGUAAAACCUCAUCUUGGGAGAAAACUCCACAGUUACUAUGGUGUUUCCUACAGGAUCUGCACUCACAUCUGAAUUACUGUGGUUACUAAUUGCACUCAUUUUAUCUGUGUUUCACAUUAUGGCUCAGGCUCACAAGACUCUCCUAGCAUUUUAUUCCUAACUGCAUUCUUCCUUUUGUUACUCAUUUUCCCAUGUUGUCCACAUCUUCCCUUUCAGUCUCUGAUUUUCAAAUGUAGACAACAAGUUGAACUAUAUGGUUCUCCACAUAAUAUCAGUAUAUAUUAGUAGACAGGAGGUGUUCCUCUGGAUAUAAUAGUGCAAAUAUUUGGUCCAGUGAGUCUCAUAGCAUUCAGACAUUCAACAAGAGAGUGAGAGUUAAUGUUUAUAGUCUGUUUGUUCCCUUGUAUCCUAGAUUGUGCAGAGAUCACUGAGAGCAUUUCCAGGUUUGUUGUAUGCACUGGCUGGUCUCAAGAAGUAAUUUCUCUUUGCCUGUUUUCCUAAUGCAAAAAAACCAGAUGGAAAGCACAGACAUUUGGGGUUUUUUUAAUUAUUUUUCAUUACAAAAGAAAAUAUCACAAAUCUUGUUUGCAACAAGCUAGACAGGAAUGCCACUAAAGAAAAAAAUAAAACCCAAAGCAGUGUAGGAGAGAGAAGAAUGCCUCCAAACUUGCAGACCUGAGGCUUUGCAGGAUGCCAGCCAGCAGACUUUUGAGAGGGCUGAAACACUUGCUGAGACACACUGCCUAAUGCAAUGCUAGUACUAUUAAUGCUGCUAUUAUUUGAGGUACUCAAAUAAUAAGAAAUGAGGCCAACACACUUCCUUACCAUUGAGAGAAGAGGAGAAAAGGGUGGUGGAACCACAUUAUAUAUGUGGCUGCUGUGUGCAACCCUGGUGCAUGGUGCCGGAGGGCCAGGGCUCAGCUGGGGCAGCACCAGGCUGGGGUACCCACAGCCAGGCUGCCAAGGCCUGUGCCCACUGGGUGCAGAGUUUUCUGCCAGGGCCAGGAAUCAUGCCAAAGUCAUCUGCAAUCAGGUCAGCAUUUCCAAAAGCAAUUCCUCCAUCUGAGGACUAGAGCAGUGAGCAGGCAGUGCAGGACAGCUUCCAGGGACUUGGACAGGGAGGUGCUUACUUGCAGCUCCUUGGUGCCAGGCUUUCAUCCACUGCAUAGUUUUGGCAACAAUGAGUAAUCGAAUAUUAAUUAAAUAUGAUUUUAAGGGAAAACAGAGCAGGUUCAGUCCUAGGGUAAACAUAUUGUCCCACCGUCUUGGAUUAUUUUCUUUUUUUUUUUUUCUGAACCUGCCAUCUCUGAUUUGGGUUUUUUUCCUCUGUCAGCUGUGUAGUGACAUUACUUCUACGUGCAUUUAAUAUCCACAGCUGCAGUAUCUCCUUUCUUCUUGAGCCAGACGUUAGGAAGCAAGUGUUUUUAUAAGGCUUCCAAAUCUUAGACCUGAUUUUUACUGUUGUAAAAUUACUCUAAAUAACAAUAGAAAAUGCAUUUGAUGUUCCAUGAUGUAAAAGUGUGUCCUGGAGUAGAUUUUGCACUCAGGUUAUGACAAACUUGUACUGGUAAAACUGCAGGCAGGGUAUUGCCAUAGUUUUUGACAGGAGAGGAAGACCUAAAUAGUCAACAAACUCCUCAGUAUCCAAAAUUUUACAUUCUACUUGUUAGCCUACAAGACAGCUUUCCAGUGAUUUCUUGCAUGUGUGUUGGUACUGUUAGUGUGUCUCAGAAAAUUAGCAGGCUUGAGGCAUGUGCAAAGAAGUGUUUCACUUUUAUACUGUUAAUGUCAUACACAAUUAGUACCAUUGUUUCUGCAGCUAAUGGCAAGAUUACUGCUUAUUUAAACUGAUGUAGGCUAAAAUACCAAAUGAGAUAGCAGUAGAGAGAUAAAACAUGAAGUGUGAAAUAUCACAUAGACUUACUACAGUCACUGUGAGACUUUUGCAGAAACAUUGGUCACGGAGUAAAUGUGUCUUAAAUUGACUACCACAAUGAAGAAAAAUUUUGGAAACUUCUCUGUUGCUGCAUUAGAAUAGAUGGAACACAAAAAUGUGCAAUAAUAACUGUUGCUUCCCAUUUCACAGAAGAAUGUAUUGGUUCACUCAAAUGGAAUAAAAAAU